AUGAGGAAGCUCAGAGGAGGUACAUCCAAAGAAACCAAGAAGGACAAGUUGGAGAAGCGAAAAGACAAGGAGACCAUCAACGAACAGGUGUACAAAUUGGUUCUACCUACGGUAGGAGCGCUCACGCUGCUUCUCGUUGUUGUCGUUGGAGAGCAUCUUGGAUACGUGCGCCAUCGCUGUCAAAAGUUUAAGGCACUAGCGCCUCCUGAAGCAGCACAUAUUAGUGGCGACAUUUAUUAA